AUGGCAACUACUUCCCCUGUUAUUAUAGUCACCGGCGCAUCUCGCGGAAUUGGGCUUGCAGUUGUUGGCGCCUUGCUCAAGUCCUACAAGGCUAGGGUGGUCACCCUAUCUCGUACAAGAAGCCCCGAAUUAUCCGCGCUUGUAUCCGAGCACCAAGAUAGUUUGGCACCUCUCGAAGGAGAUGUUACCAAAGAACAAUCUGCGCUUUCUGCUGUUGAUAUCGCCAAAUCAAAGUUCGGUCGCCUAGAUGGACUUAUUCUCAAUGCGGGAACUCUGGAACCUCUUGGCCGCAUAGAUUCACCAGAAUCCAGCGUCGAGGGUUGGAAGUCCAUGUUUGACAUUAAUUUGUUCUCUCUUCUUCACCUCAUCAAGGCAGGACUCCCUCUUUUAAGGGAAAGCCAUGGUCGUGUGAUUUUUGUCAGUUCGGGAGCUGCCACUGGAGGAAUUGCCGGAUGGGGCCCUUAUAAUGCUUCAAAAGCUGCGAUGAAUUCUCUCGCUAGAACAUUGGCCAACGAAGAGAAAGACAUUGUAUCGUUGCCGUCCGCCCCGGGGUGGUCGAUACCGAGAAAAUUUACCAAUGAUGCAGAUGCAAUCGGUAAUCAGAGCGAGAGGCAACGCUUCAAUGAAAGCGGAAGAACAUAA